AUGCCUGAAUCCGUCCACUCCCAAGACCGGGACCAGUCAAUGGUCGACGCCGAGCAGCCCGCCCAUGAACAGGAAGUCGUCUCCAACGACCCCAUCCUCGAAGAAAGACAGAUUGUCGUCGUACGCAUCAACACCACACCCCUACCCCGACCUGCAACUACUAACAGACGACUCCAGCUCCCCGGCGCCACCGACACAGCGGCCUCGUUCCAGUUCGCAGAAGAAGGCCACACAAUGGGCAAUGCGCUGCGGUUCGCCAUUAUGAAGAACCCUGCUGUUGAGUUCUGCGGAUAUACGAUUCCACACCCCUCAGAUGCGAAAAUGCACCUUCGUAUCCAGACUAAUGACUCGACUACUGCCCUCGAGGCUUUGGAGAAGGGAUUCAAUGACCUGAUGGAUCUUUGCGAUGUUGUAACGGAGAAGUUCACUAUUGCCCGUGAUCAGUUUAAUGAAGAGAGCGGGAACCGCAUGGAGGUUUAG